AUGAGUAAUCCAGAAAACAAUCAAAAUAAUAAUCAAGAUGUUUCAAAUAUUGUCGGUGUUUUAUUAGAACAAAUGCAAAGCAGAUUCGAAACUGUUUCAAAAUCAAUUUUAACUAGAAUCGAUGAAAUGGGUUCAAGAAUUGACGAAUUAGAUAAAUCAAUUUCAGAUUUAAUGGUUCAAGCUCAACAGCAAAAAUUACAGCAACAACAGCAACAACAACCAAAUACUGAAAAUAAUAAUAGUAAUAAUAAUAGUAAUAAUACCAACAAUAUCAAUAAUACCAAUAAUGAAAACAAAACUGAAUCAAAUUAA